AUGGCUGCCUCUGUCGCACAGCUGCCGAUUUCUUCGCUGAAGAUCGCCGACUCUGCAGACUCGGCCGUCACCUUCGAACCCUUCGAUCUACCCUCUUCCAACCAACGCCUGCUGGGAUCUCCUCAUCCAGCCAACACCCAGAUCCCCCUUGCCCUUCGCCCAUCUCAGGAUGUCGACUCGCUCGACAGCGCAGUUUCAGCGAUCGAAACGCUCCAACGCGACAAAACGCUGACGAACCUCUUAGCCAAACACGGCACCCUCCUCUUCCGCAACCUUCCCAUCCAUAACGCCGCCGAUUUUAGUAAAUUCGCGCACGCGUUUGGCUACAAGCCGCACGAGAUCAUCGGCAUCGUCGUCGACCGACCGCUGCUCGCCCCCAAUGUAGCUCCAGCGAACGAAGCCCCCAAGGAAGUGCGAAUCUACAACCACAACGAGUCUCCCCAGGUGCCUCAUGCGCCAGAGUACAUCUUCUUCUACUCUCAUAAGGCUCCUGCCAAGGGCGGCGAGACUCCCAUCUCGUCCAGCCUGGAGUUGUUCCAUCGCGCCCAGGCCGAGAUCCCCGAGUUUAUUGAUCUACUGGCUGAGAAGGGAAUCCUGAGUAAGGUGACAUACAAGGUGGAGAAACAGUACGUGGGCGGAUCCACUCUCAAACAAGCUUUUGGUAAGGAAGUCCAAGAUGGUGAUAGCGAGGAGACGCAACGGAAGAAGAUCGAAGCACAGAUCGCCCGAUACGGACGCGACAAGCACACCACGUGGGAGUGGACAGAUGACGAGGAUGGAAAGGGGAAGGGGCUGGUACUCACGCAUCGCUUGCCUGUCAUUCGAACACAGCCCGGGACUAACCUCCCUACACUCUUCACCGGCCUGGCGGCGUACUAUAAGAAUACCCUCCAGGCCCGUGAGGGAAGCGCGGCCGGAAGGAAGAAUGUCGCGCAUCAGUUCUUCGGCGACGGGACCCCGAUUCCCGAGAAGUAUCUGGCUCAUCUGGCUAAGAUCACGGAUGAGAUCCGCGUCCUGCACAAAUGGCAAGAAGGCGAUGUUCUAGUGUACGAUAAUAUCAUUGCCCAACAUGGACGGGAACCGUGGGAGGGAGAGCAGUCCGAUCGUGUUAUCUUGGCUAGCUUGUUUGACGGAGAGAACGUACCCGGUGCCUAUGGUUUUGGAGAUUGGGCUCAAGUGGUACAGGCUUCGGAUGGUUAG